CUCAACGACUUUGCACAAACAAAAUUAUAGUGUUGAAUUGUAUGUACUAAGUUUCACAAUCAACUUGACAAAAAGUGAUGUGAAAAGAAACUUUGAAGUAAUUGUGAUUUCAGCAUGCCAAAUAGUUUUGUUAAACGACCGGGAACUACAGACUUGGGGAAAGAAUAUGAAGAACUAAACGUAGCAAACAUAAUCUUCAAAGCUGUAACCCAUGAAGACAUCAAAGACUUUACAUUGUCAACAGACGAUAGCGAGUUCGGGAGUUUCGAUGAUAUAGUUUUCGAAGCUGUUGGCAAAGAAAUUAACCAGAAAUAUGCGAUCCAGUUGAAACAUGCAAACAAUGACCACAAAGCAUUAAAUCCGAUAAGUUUGGCGCAAGACACCGGAAAUUUCGCAAUUGUCAAGUACUUUCAAUCUUACAAAAAAAUUUGCGAACUAGGUCAUCGUCACAAAUUAAUAUUAUUCACAAACCGCAAAUUCAAUAAUCGAGAUGGGACCAAAAUCAGUUUUGAGAAGCAACGGUUUACUACACGACUAUCAAAAAUGCCAGUGGUUGAUGAAUUCGUCAAUAGUUCCAGAGCUGCUGGCACCUGCUACAAAUUUACAAACGUCCAAAGUACGGUUUCCGUACCACUUUCAAAAGAGCAACAAGAAUAUAAAGAUUUUUUUCAAAACUUCUGUUUGUACACCAACCAAGCGAAUGCGUUCCAAAUGAAACAAAGCUUGUCCGCUCGAUUUCAAGAAGCCUUUUCUUGUAGCGAUUCUGCGUUCGAUCGUUAUCUACAGUUCAUAUCAAACUGGACCAAGCUUCAGGGUAAAAAAGCGAAGCUGAAUAAAAGUCAGAUGAAAAGAGUAAUAACGUUUUGCGUGCUGUCUCACCUGAUUAAGCCACUUUGUUUCAAACCAGUCAAUGAAAAAGUCAAAAUGCUUCAAGACGCAAUUUCUGAAUUUGAUGUUACCAUUUUUGAAAAAGAAUCGGAACCUUUAGUUUGUCAGAUCUGGGGUGACAAAAAAUGCGAACUUGAAAAUAAAUUGAAGGAUAUUAAUGACAUGAGAACUGCGUAUCAUCUCGAGCUUAACCAUAUUAAAGAUCUGGGUGACUUAAGUGACAAAAGCUGUAGCCAAUUGCUGUGGCUGUUGAACAUUUGCCCACUAAUUGUAUCUGCGAGUGCAUCUACCUACGAAAUAAUCCAACUGUGUCAUCAAGAAAAAUUCGUUCUGCUUGGAAAUCACAUAGAAGAUCAAAUAAGUGGUCGUUUAGUCUUCCAAAACUUAUCCGACUUAUUUUUUAAAUCCGAGAUACAUUACCAAAACAUUACAACUGCUUUUGAAUAUUCACUUCAAGAAAAAGAAGAACUGCCGCUGCAAUCCCUGACUGAAAAAAAUGAAGACUUUCGCAAAGUUAUAGUAACAGAUGACCUAGUACAAAUGUUAGAAAACACUUUUUUCGUUGGAGGAAAGCAGGAAUCUUUUGAUUUUCCGUAUAUUAAUAGAUUUCUCACAGUAAAUAUUAUUGACUUUGAAUAUUUAAAAAAAAUCGACAAGGACACUAUUGUAGUUAUUGACUGUCUACCGAAGGAUUAUCAAACUUACGAAUGGCUCCGCAACUUUAACUUGAUAGAGGUCGAGGGAUCUUUGCAAAAACGGCCUCACUCGACUAUCGUCACCAAAAUCGACAGAAAUGUUGAAAUGACAAAUUCAGCGUUCAAACCAGACCUGCAUGUUACAGAAGGCGUCUGUACCAAAGAAACAUUCAAAACCAUUUGCAAAGCAAACAGCGUUACGAAACGACAUCACCUUCGUCUCAACUGUGACGGAAAAUUGCAAUGGAUACGUAGCUUAAGCGAUGUUGACGAACUAGAACCAUUUCGCACAGAAGGAGAUUGUGUGAAAGAAAACGAAUUGUGUUUCAUCGAGAACAAAAUCAAUUUGAUAGUCGGAGAACCAGGAAUGGGAAAAUCGGUGCUGAUGAGAAGUUUAAAAAACAAAUUUUCUGCCAACUAUUUAACGAUUAUUUUCUACACGGAGGACAUUUCUGCGUACUUAGAUUUUAAAAACAAAUACAGCACUACGUCUUAUAUGUUAGAAGAAUACAUCUUGCAUGAAAAGUUCAAAAAUAUGAAGAAAUUCGAAAAAAAGAUUUUGUUAAUGUUGAUGCGAAGGAAUAAUGUUAUUUACAUAUGGGAUGGACUGGAUGAACUUUCAGCUCCUAAUAUCCAAGUUAUUACUGACAUUAUUCUAUAUCUGUAUAAGAAGAACGUUUGCCAAUGGUUGACUUGUAGGUUGCAUCUGAAAAACUACUUAGAACACAAAUUUAACGUUUUUUCUAAGACAAUCAUCCAGUUUAGCGAAGAACAACAAUCUGCUUAUAUAGAAGAACGCAUGAAAAACGCCAACCACACAGAAGAAAGCAUAAAAAAUACGAUUCAAAAAAUUAAAAAGCUAAUCAUACACCACGAAAUUUUAGGGAUUCCUCUCCAAAUUUUUAUGCUUACGGAGUUAUUUCUUAAAAAUCCAGACAAAUAUUCCAAUUGUUCGGAAGAUAUUUUCAACAUAAUCGAUUUAUAUCAAUAUUUUCUAGACGAAAAGUUUGAUAUAUAUUACAAGAAACUGUAUUUUAAAGAUUAUCCCCAACAGAUACACUACCGCGAAGAACAUAAACAAGAUCAUAAAAAUGCCAGGAUUAAAAAGUAUCAAAAGGCAGCUUUAAAAACUUUGGUUCCAUCAAUACAGAAGGAAACAAACGAAUGUAAGGAAUUUUUGGAAAAAAUUAAACAAGAACACGACCCGGUUGGAAUUAUCACAGAAGUAACAGUCGAAACUAUCCCAUACUUUAUUCACAAGUCUUUCGCUGAAUAUUUCGUGGCUACAUAUUUUGUGAAAAAGUACGAAUCGAACAACUCAGCUGAUACUUUUCGAGAUGUGUUAUUUGAAAGUACGAAUCGAAAUAUAAGAUUUUUCUUUGAUUUGCUUCUAGCAAAGAAUUCUCCAGCUCAUGUUGCAGUUCUUUACAAAAACAUUAAUGUGUUGAAAAGUUACAACGACGAGUUGAAAGAUCUUAGAGAUUUGGGCGAACGCAGUGUUUUGCAUAUAGCAUGUUCAUGGGGGCAAGAGUAUCCAGCUUUUCAAGUUCACAAUAACAACGAAAUCUACACGAUAGACAUUUCUAAUCACGACAGCUACUCGGUUGUAGAAGAAGACCCGAAAUAUGCAGACAUGUUACGCUAUCUACUAAAUAUAUGUAGUCCAUCAGAGAAAGACGACUUGUUUAAAUAUACAUCACUCACUUACGCCGAAACAACGAAAAGUUUAUUCGCAAAAACACUCAUUCUACAAAAGCACAAUCUUAAGUUCUCGAAAUUUUGUGACGAUCUGAGUAUGGCCAGCGUUUUAUACUACUCAGUAAAGUUUGGUUACAUGGAGGUAAUCGACUUGUAUAAAGUUUUUCCUUAUAUAAAAACUAGCGACGGUUCUACAUAUUUGCAUUUAGCAGUGUGUCACCCGCCUUUAUUUUUGAAAUUACUCAAAAUGACCUCGUACAGAAAAACAGUAAACUGUCCAGAUGCAAAUUUACAAACUCCUCUUUCUAGAGCUUGCUGCGAAGGACAGUCCGAAGCUGUUAAAUUUUUAACAAGCUGUAGUGCUGACAUAAAUUCUACGUGUUGUGAUGGUCGCACGCCUCUGCACUAUGCUUGUCAGUUUGGUUACGAAGAUAUUGUUCUGUGGCUUAUUAAGACUGGAGCAGAUUUUAACGUCAAAGACAAGAAACACUGGACCCCACUUCAUUGGGCUUGUUACAAUGGUCAUAUAAGAGUUGUCGACAUACUACUAGCGAAAGAAGCAGUUGCCGAUCUACCUAACGACAGAGGAUGGACACCCCUCCACUUAGCAUGUAUCAACGGCCACCACGAAAUUGUCGAGCUCCUUCUGAGUUGGGAUGGCAUCCCCGCUGACAGCGUUAACGUUCAUAGACAUGUUAACAGUCCUAAAGACCUCGAUUUGACGCCGCUGCAUUCUGCUUGCUGGUACGGACAUGAAAGUACAGUCGAGGUGUUGCUACGUAAUCAAGCAGACUUAAAUCGCAAAAUGAGAAAUGGAAGAACUGCAUUACAUUAUGCUUGCGAGAAAGGACAAUUCCGAAUUGUGCAAUUACUGUGUCAAUAUUCGCCGAUGAUUAACAUUGCUGCCGAUGAAGGGUGGACACCAUUGCACUUUGCCACUAAUCACGGAAGUUAUGCAGUCGUCAAGUUACUAAUUAACAUCGGUGCUCAUGUAAAUGUCCCCGAUGUCGAAGGUUGGACUCCUCUUCAUCUUGCUUCGUACAAAGGUCACGUCAAAAUCGUGCGUCUUUUGCUCAAAAAAGGAGCAAACAGAGAAGCUCAAGCAAAUGACGGACAAAGAGCCAUCCAUUUCGCAAGCCAAACUGGUAACGACAGAACAGUCAAAGUGCUCCUGAAACACGGUUGUCAAAUUAACGCGACGGACAACAAAGGUCUGACACCUUUUCAUUUAAGUUGCUUAAGAAAUCAAGAAAGCGUGGUUUUGAUUCUAAGCCAAAAUGGAGCUGACGUGAAUGCCGUUACGAACCAGCACAAAACGGCUUUCCAUUUAGCUUGUCAGCUUGGCAACUACGAAACUGUGAAAGUCCUACUUCAGUUAAAAGCUGAUUUUAACAUCGGUGACAAUAAGAACAUCAAGCCAAUUCACGUCGCUUGUUAUAACGGACACGCAAAAAUAGUUCGUAUGAUAACAUCCGAAAAUAACAUCAACGCCACUAAUAUCGACGGUUGGACACCUCUUCAUUAUGCGUGUCACGGAGGACAUGUAAAAACUGCCACCAUAUUAAUUUCUCUUGGCGCAUCCGUCAAUUCUAAGACUAAAACGGAUGGCUGGACCGCACUGCACAUCGCAUGUCUAGACGGACAUGACAAAAUUGUUCGUUUGCUCCUAGACUCAAGAACUGAUAUUAACGCAUUAUCCAACACCGGAAGAACACCUCUCCAUGUAGCUUGCGAAAACAACCAUCACAAUAUUGCCUGGUUGCUCCUAUUUUCGGGAGCAGAUAUUGACAGUUACGACGCAGCAAAAUGUACACCGCUACACCUUGCUUGUGAAAAAGGACACACAGACAUCAUUGAGCUUUUGGUAUCUCGGAAAGCCGAUAUAAAUGCAUCCAAUGACGUGGGUUGGACCUGCCUGCAUCUAACAAGCAUGAAUGGAAACGCAGACGUGUGCCGAACGUUAUUAAAACUGAGCAAACAUAUUGACGUUAAUGCUGUCGAUCACGAAACAAAAACUUCAUUUUACUGGGCGUGUCAAUACGGACACGAGGCAAUUUGUGACCUAUUGGUUAAAAAUGAAGCAAAUAUUUCGAUUAAAGCUGAAGAUGGAAAAACUGCGCUUCAUGUUGCGUGUCAGUAUGGAAGAGAAAAGAUUGUCCGACUGUUACUCGCAUGGUUAAAAGACAUCGAUAUUCAAGACGUUAACGUAGAGGAUUUUGACGGCUGUACACCGUUACAUCCGGCGUGUGCAUUUGGCGACCACAGGAUUGUCGAGUUACUGAUCAAGUCUCGAGCUGACGUCAACACCAAAGAUAUAAGAAACAAAACACCACUACACACAGCGUGUGAAAAUGGACAUGAUAUAGUUGCGACUCUGUUGCUGAAAGCUGGAGCUAAAAUCGCAGUUUACACCACCAACAACGAAACUCCUUUACAUCUUGCUGUCCAAAACGGUCAUCAAAAUGUAAUAUCGUUACUGAAAUCUCAUAGCAAAAAAAACGCCUGCUGCAGAAUAACAUGAUCGGGAGUUUUAUAUUGAGAGAAAAGUAAACACGCCUUAAAGAAUGGAGUACAUGAGGUAUACCACUUUAAUUCCCUUUACAUCAAGGCAACAUUGGAACGACAACCAGAAGCUCUGAAAUAUGCGUAAAUUGUAAAACUUACUGCAUUAAAAGGUAAGACUGAAGUGGAUGCCAAUUAUUUUAAUUUUUCUGUGUACCGCACAACUGAGGGCGCAGCUAGAAGUCACUACUGGUGCUUUUUGAAAAGAAGUACCCGAGGUUAUAAAUUAUGAAGCAACCUUACCACUCCAUGUAUUUUUAGUUAUUUAUUUCAUAUGUUCUUAUUCUUAAGUUCAGUUAAAAUGUUUUAUAUAGUUACCUUAUUUUCGUUUUACUUAGAGUUUUUGUUUUUUAUGUUCAACUGUGACGGAUAGAGUACGCGAACAAACCGGUUCACUCCACUCGACCGUAUGCAAAUGAGCCUACAUCAGACGUGCAACCUCAGAACCACCCUGAACGCACUAUGCAGCAUAGCACCCUCUAAUGGCACAUCUUUUAUUUCUCACCACUGUCCAGUCCACCAACAACGAUGCAUUAUUUACACCAGUAUUAACACUAAACACCGCACCCUAAGGAGAAUCUGGGUUAGUCCUACGCCCAGCGAUGUCUUAGUGGCCAAGUGCUGCGUGUACACCCGCGUAGCCAUGUGGUGCCACAAAUUUCCACAUUUUCAUCACCUUUGCGGGAUACUACUUCACGCCAACUUAUGUGACUGGGAACCGAGAACAUUACUGGCCAUUCCAGGACUACUUGUGCUGACUUCGAAUAUGUGAGAACAAUGAAGUGAAAAGUUUUCUUUGCGGUUGCACAUCUUUAGAUGAACUGAACAGUGCCCUUUUCUUCAACUACUUGUUAAUGCGGGAGUGAAUCGGAGUGUUUAUGUUUAUAAUUCUCAUUUGAGUCUCAUUUUUUUUGUGAUUGCAAUUUUUAAAUUUUGACACUUUGUUUAUCAUGGAACCUACUGUUUUCGAUUCAAUUUUUGUUAUGUUUUUGUAUGUGUAUAUUAUUUUCUAUAAUUAUUUCUUUGCUAUGUAAAAGUUUAACCAUGUUGGAACUGAAUGUAUCUCUGUUGUUUAUAUGAAAUUCUUGUUUUGUUUCUUUAUCCGUGGGUCCGGAUAAAAUUAGGGGGGAAGAGAAGUGUCAUGAAGACAAAUAUUUUAUAAUUCUUAGUUACGAAGUCAUGACGCCUCGCUUCCUCUCGAAUCAUGCGAUGGUGGUAUUUGGAGACGGGAGACCAUUGUCUUGCUAGAAAGGAAAUGUGAUCGAACUAAGAUAAGUGAGGAAAAUUGCUAUUCUAGCAGGAGAUGGUUUCCUGACUCGAACGAGAACCCGAAACGAGGAGUUAGUCGGUGACCAUCAUCGCAACAACUAGACCCCGGAACCAUGUAAGUACCGUUUUAUGUAAUAAAUCUAAUUUAAAAUUUUA